CUUAUGUUAUAGUAGGACGUGUUUGUUUAUUCAUAACACAAAUAUUAAGGAAUUAAAACACAAGAAACAUCAUGGAAAAGGAUGUCGACAGUAGCUGUCAAGAAUUAGAAAAUGAUAAGGGUCGUGUUGAUUGGGGUAAAUUUGAACCAACUAUGCGAAAGGCGAUGAUUUUGGGAGAUACAUUUAAGGGAGGACCAGAUCUGCAAAAUCUGAUGAGAUCCAACACAGUUCUAACAUGCGGGAUUGCAAUACAAAAUUGGACCAACACUGAGUUACCUUCUCCUCACUACACAUCAUUUACAGGCAUGCUGUCAAUACCACCAACAUCUAUACCAUCAGGAACUAUUCAAGCAGUGGUCAGUCAUAAAAGCAGUAUUGGUAUAAGAGGAUGCAGCGGGCUGAUAUCGUGGAAACUUAAAACCAGACGUGUUGUUAUGGCAUGGACAAUCCCAUACUUUACUUCAAAUGCCCUAGCCGUUGGAAUAACAAACACUGCCUGCGAUGUCCAUGAUGAUAAGUGGUUCAGAAAAAUGAUGCAUGAAAAGAGUGACAAUGAAAUAACUUUUACGAAGGAAGUUUACCAGAAUGGCAAGGCAUGCAAAGAGUGUAAGGUUGUAUCUUCUGAUGGAAAGUAUGACGUUCUCGCAACCAUGGGGACAAGUGCUAGGUCCGAGAUAAAGGUUUGUGUCCGUGGAACCACUUUUGAUACAUCUCAUAAAUCUAUUCGACCGAAGCAAUUUACAACCAACAAAUCAAGUAGAAACGACUCUGGUCCAUUUUGAUUAUUAGAAAUUUUGUAUAGUGUGACAUAUGUUAUAUGGUUUACGUAAACGAUAAUAGUGGUAAAAAUGGAGAAGAAUAAGCCAAAAUAUGAAAAAG